UUCGCGGGGAUUCACUGCUGUCCUUUCCCCACAGGCCGCCUACGACCCUUACGCCUACUCCAACGACUAUGAUAUGCACACGGGAGACCCGAAGCAAGACCUGGCCUACGAGCGCCAGUACGAACAGCAGACCUACCAGGUGAUCCCCGAAGUGAUCAAAAACUUCAUUCAGUAUUUUCACAAGACGGUGUCAGAUCUCAUUGACCAGAAGGUGUACGAGCUCCAGGCCAGCCGUGUUUCCAGUGACGUUAUUGACCAGAAGGUGUACGAGAUCCAGGAUAUUUAUGAGAACAGCUGGACAAAACUGACAGAAAGGUUUUUUAAGAACACUCCAUGGCCAGAGGCUGAGGCCAUUGCUCCUCAGGUUGGAAAUGAUGCAGUUUUCCUGAUACUAUACAAGGAGCUGUACUACAGGCACAUCUAUGCCAAAGUCAGCGUGAGUGUUUGCCCUGUGUCUUCUUGUGGGUUGCAUGCUGGCUUCUCUUUGCCAGCAAACUUGACAAGUCUUGCUGCCAGUACAGUAUCAGUGGUCCCCUUACCUUUCCAAGGCAGCAUUGGAUGGGUUUAUGAGCUGCAAGUCACAUUGAUUUUAGGAAAACUUAAAAUUCCUGCCUUUUCUUAGUUUAGUAAGGAUUCACUGGGUACUGAAAAGCAAGAAAGACUUGAUUGUCCAUCUGAGGCUUGUUAGCUGUCUCUUCAAGCUUGGUGGUGAUGAGUGUGCAGGUUUCUCUGGUAGCUCAGGUGAAUCAGAAGAUGAUCUGAGUGUUCA